AUGGAUGUUAAUACAAUAUUCACAACAGGUUAUGACCGAGAAAUGCUUUCUAUUGAAUUUCCAAAAGAUGAAUUUUCUGUUGCUUUAGAUUUUGCUGAAGAAGGUAUAUUCUACAGACAUGUUCGUCCAAAACUCUUUUGGAAGUUACAAAAGCUGUUAGGGUUUGGCAUAGAGCAAAAAAUGAAAGAAGGGAAAAAAUUGCUCGAACAGAUAGCUGAGAAAUAUAUAUCAAUGAAAAAGGAACAACUUAAAACUAAUAAGGGCCUCGAAGAUUUGUUAACACUUUACAUCAGCCGAGGAGAAAUGGCUGGUUCCAAAUCUCAGGAUGAGUUUUUAAGAGAUACCGUUCUAAAUUUUCUUAUUGCAGGAAGAGAAGCUUCCUUGGGUUGGUUCUUUUGGCUAGUUGCAACAAAUCAAAGAGUGGAAACGAAAAUUAGAGAGGAGUUGAAAUCUAUAGCAUCAACAAGUGAAACAACAGGAGGGUUACAGCUCUUCGAGCACGAAAAGGUAAAUAAGUUGAUAUAUUUGCAUGCAGUAAUAUUUGAAACAUUAAGGCUUUAUCCACCGGUUAUGUACGAGCAUAAAGAGCCUUUAAAGCCCGAUGUGCUACCAAGUGGACAUCUUGUAGAUCCAACCAUGAAAAUUCUACUAUCAAUUUAUGUGAUGGGGAGAUUGAAAUCUAUAUGGGGAGAAGAUUGCAUGGAGUUCAAGCCAGAAAGAUGGAUUUCAGAGGAAGGAAGGCUUAUACAGCAAUCUCCAUACAAGUUCUUAUCCUUUAAUGCAGGACCAAGAGUUUGUUUGGGAAAAGAAAUUGCUUUGACUCAAAUGAAAGCUGUUGCUGCUUUUAUCAUCCAUAAUUACCAAGUUAAAGUGAUUGAAGAACAUGUCCCGGAACCUAAUACUGCUUCUAUUAUCCUUCAUAUCAAGAAUGGUUUAAUGGGCAAAACUAACGGAGAUGAAAUUGAGAGAGUGCAUUACAAGAUGAUGUUAGGAGAUGAAAAAGUGAAGGCCGAGGAAGAUGAGCAAACAAAGAAGAAGAAGAAGAAGAAGAAGAUUAGAAGAAAGUUGAAGGAGAUAAAUUCGUGUGAGAAAGGAUUGAGAGUGUAG